AUGGCGGUUACUACUGAAACAUUAGAAACACCAGAACCACAUGUCACACCAAACACCACUCUCACUGAUCCAACAAUUGAUUCCAUCAAUCAUCCCCUGUAUCUUCAUCAAAAUGAUCAUCCUGGACUUAUACUGAUUGCUAAGAAGUUAACUGGUUCAGAAAACUACAAUUCAUGGAAGAGGUCAAUGACUAUAGCACUAAAUGCAAAGAAUAAACUAAAAAUUGUCAAUGGUGAUUAUACUGAACCAGCUCUCACUUCAGAACUCAGGCCACUUUGGGAAAGAACAAAUGAUAUGGUAAUCUCUUGGAUUCUCAAUACUGUUUCUGAUCAAAUUAGCAAUAAUGUGAAUUUCAUAAGUUCUGCCUUUGCUUUGUGGAGAGAAUUGGGUGAACACUAUUCACAGUUAGAUGGUCACAGAAUUUUUCAGGUUAACCAUGAACUAAAUCAACUAUGUCAGGCCGAUUCCACACUUGAAACAUAUUAUCAUAAAAUCAAAGGACUGUGGGAUGAAAUUGAUGCUUUAGAAACACCAUAUGCUUGUAGUUGUAAGUGUACUUGUGAAAAUGGCAAGAAUCAUGGUGCUAGGGAACAAAGAAAGAGGUUGAUUCAGUUUCUCAUGGGGUUAGAUGAGAGCUAUAGCAAUAUUAGGGGUCAAAUCCUUCUAAUACAACCACUGCCUACUUUCUCCAAGGCAUAUACCAUGCUAAGACAGGAAGAAAAACAAAGAGAGGGCCCAAAACUCAUGACUGUAACCCCAAUUGCUCUCAACACAAUGUCCAAACCCUAUGUCCCUAGGUCUGACCUCCAUGUUGUAAGGAAAAGUGCUUUCAAGAAGGGCACUAUAUGUACUUAUUGCCAUAAAGAGGGUCACACUAAGGAUGAAUGCUACAAAAUUGUGGAUUAUCCUUUUGGUCAUCCCCUACACAUGAAAUACACACCUCCCCCAUCAAGAAAUGGUCCUGUAAGUUCCACCUACAAGCAGAAAACUGUUAACAUGGUUACUAGUACCAUUGAUGCCCUUUCUACUUCUCAUGACACUCCUUACACCACCCCUGCACCACCAAGCUCUCCAACUCCAACAACUCAAGAGCUAUUCAUGACUGCCAAGAUUGACCAGUUGCAGAAUCAAUUGAAUCAAGUGAUGCUCUACAUGCAACAAGUCCAGCAAAAUGGUGACCCUACAAAUGCUAAUCUGGUUACUCUUGGUGUCCCAUUGCCCACUGCAGGUAUAUACUCUUUCACCUUUAAUUCUAUGCCUAAAUUUCGUUUUAUUGCCUUUAUUAUAUCUAAGUUUAAGGAUAUUUGGAUUACUGAUAGUGGGGCAACUGAUCACAUAAGUAAUACACUUGAAAACAUGCACAAUACUUACCUACUUAAAAUACCCAUCAUUCUUUCCUUGCCCAAUGGACAGACCACACUUGUCACCAUUGUGGGAUCUGUAACAAUCAAUGAGGACAUCACUCUCCAUGAUGUCUUCUAUGUGCCAAGCUUCACAUAUAACCUCAUUUCCAUAAGCAAAUUGCUUACUCCUCAUACUUCUAUUACUUUUACCUAUAAUUCUUGUAUCUUUCAGGACCAUAACAAACAGAUAGCCCAAGGCAUCCUUUGUAAUGGUCUCUAUCUCCUCUCUUCCAAAGCAACCUCUCAACAGAUUCAAUCCAAAGUUUCUCCACCUCAGCAAAAGGCAACCAUCCUGAAUGUCUUCACCAAUGCUCAACUUUGGCAUGCAAGAUUGGGCCACUGUUCUUUUCCUGUUCUUAAACAAAUAAAGUCAUUAGGUUCUAUGUGUACCUCUAGAAAAUGUAAUUCUGAUUCUCUGUGUUCUAUCUGUCCAUUGUCUAAACACCAUAUGUUACCAUUUCAUUCAAGUACUUCUCAUGCAUUAUCUUUGUUUGAUCUUGUGCACAUAGAUGUCUAG